ACACACACAGACACACACACAUACACACACACACAUACACAUAUACACAUAUAUAUAUAUAUAUAUAUUCAUCAAAAUUAAUAAAGUAAAUAAUGGAAAAUGUUAUCUUAUCCUGAUAAGGUACAAUGGGUCUUAAUUCUCGACCUCCUGCCUCUCCAUCUUCACCAGCGGUUACUUCCGCUGUCAGACAGGACUUCCCAGAGACAUGGAUUUGGUCCGACGUAAUUGCAAAUUCCGAUGGGUCGUACCAUUUGAAAGUAAAAGUUCCUGAUACCAUCACAUCGUGGGUUGCUAGUGGGUUUUCGGUUAACCAGGAAGUUGGUCUGGGAUUGACAGAAAGUUCUGCAAAAAUAACUGUCAUAAAACCAUUCUUCAUUUCGUUGAACCUGCCGUAUUCUAUAGUGAGAGGAGAAGAAUUUGCACUUCAAGUCACAGUUUUCAAUUAUUUUGGUCAAGAUUUAGAGACAGAAAUUAAACUCUUGGCAUCAACUUAUUUCAAAAUAAUAAAAUGCGAUAACAAACAACUUCAGUCUACUGAUGUCAUAAAAAACAUCCAGGUUGCAAACAAUGACGGUAAGUCAGUGUACUUCUGGGUGGUUGCCACUGCACUCGGUCAAAUACCCAUUGAAGUCAGUGCUCAUGCAGGGUUGGCUGCUGAUGCCAUGAAGGCCACACUGCUCGUUAAACCUGAAGGACAAACUCAGUCAUACGGCACAUCACAGUUCAUCCAAAUUUCACCUGGAAAGAGUUUUGAAACUGAUUUCCAAGUGGCAUUACCUUCGAAUGAUACUUAUGUAGCUGGAUCUGCUGUCAUUGAGUUUUCCGUCGUAGGUGACAUCAUCGGAUCCGCACUCAACAACAUUGAUAAUUUACUAAAAAUGCCCUACGGUUGUGGAGAACAGAACCUUUUACACCUAGUUCCUGAUGUCUUUCUUCUGGAAUAUCUCACUAAGUCUGGACAAUUAACAAAUGAGUUUGAUCAAAAAGCUAAAGAAUUUAUAAUUGCUGGUUACCAAAGAGAACUGACCUUUCAAAGGACUGACGGAUCAUUCAGUGCAUUCGGAAACAGCGAUAAAGCCGGAAGCGUUUGGCUGAGUUCAUUUGUUAUCAAAUGUUUCCACCAAGCAAAAGAGUACAUUCCAGUUGAAGACAGCAAAAUAGCAGCAACGAUGGAAUGGAUAAUUGGAUUGCAGGGAACUGAUGGAACUUUUGCAGAACCUCCAGAGGGAAAAGUCAUCCAUACAGAUAUGCAGAAAAAUCCGACAAGACUAGCAAAUUCCAUCAACAACGCCAACAAGUAUUUGGAGAACAAUUUCCAUUCGUAUUCCAACGAUCCCUAUGCUCUAGCCAUCAUUUCAUACGCCCUCCACAAGUCUGGAAGCUUAAAGCUGACUGAUACUCUGGCACUGCUUGACAAGCUGGCAAUCAACAAAGAUGGAGUGACGUACUGGAAGAAAGAUGUGAUUGAAAGUACCUCUGAAGGCAUCUGGAGAGGACCUUAUUCGCAAGCCAAGUCAUACAAUAUUGAAAUUGCUUCCUAUGUCUUGAUGGUCUAUGCGGAGAAAAAAGAUAUUUCUAAAUCAUUGCCAAUUUUGAAAUGGUUGAUAAAGCAAAGGAAUGCUUUCGGAGGGUUUUCAUCUACUCAGGACACGGUCUUAGGUUUAGAAGCACUGGCCUCUUUUGCAACACUUGUUUCGGGAAGUGGAGGGACUGGAAUCACUGUAACUGUAUCUGCCAAUAGUGGAUCUUACGUUAACACGUUUGAUUCCAUAACCAAAGAAAAUGCUUUAUUUGUGCAGUCAGUUCAGGCUAGACAACAUUUUCAUUUGUUUUUCAACCUCCCACAAACGAUAAAUUCAGUGAAGGUGAUAGCGACAGGUGACGGUGCUGCUCUUGUUCAGUUGAAUGUGAGAUACAACGUAAACAACGCAAACAAGAAUCAAUUUCUCCUCCUCGACCUAUCGACCACAACUUUGAAUAAAACUUUGAAUCUGACUCUGACAGCUAGUUGGAAUGGAUCUGAAGUGACGGGAAUGGUAGUCGUGGAAAUAAACAUCCUAACUGGUUACUCCCUGCUCGAUGAUGGAAACUUCAUCCAACAGAUUGGAAGUACAUUCAAGAAGGUUGAGAAGAGCUCGAACAAAGUUGUCAUCUACUUGGAUGAGCUCAAUGCGAAACCAUUAAAAUUUACUGUUGGGAUGGUGGAGGAGUUGAAGAUUGCAAACGUCAAGCCUGCUCUUGUUAAGGUCUACCGCUACUACGAGCCAGGAACCCAAGCAACUGGUUUUUACUCCACCAGCUCGGGGCAAACAUGGGAAGUGGCCUGCCCUCAGUGUUGUCCAUGAAGACCAAGGGACCAGAUUGUUUUGAAAAGUUUACAUUCUAGACUACUUUUAGAAAAACAUUGCUAUAUUAAUCAAUUUAAGAAACUUGAUCAAUUAGUUGUAAACAGACAUUUUUCUCAUGCUUAUUUACUAGCUCAACAUUGCUUAUUUUGUAGUUAAAACAAUUUUGCAAGUUUUCAAGUA